AUGAAGCCACGCCCCCAGACCUCAAACCACGCCCCCGGAGCCGCUCCCACCGCUGCACGGACUUCCAAACUGCGCCUCAAAGAAACCCCCCGAAAACAAAGCGCACAAAGACAACACAUGGACGCGUACUGCAUCCGGAGGGACUGUCAAAGUAAGAGCAUGAGUGGUUCGAGUUUAGACUUGAGCCUCUCUCUUAUCGGCUCCACUCUCCGUUGUGUGCGCUCGGAGAUCACCGCUGCUCUCCAACAGCCUCCCCCCCCUCCCCGUGGAUUUACCUCUGUACUUUUCUACAAGUUUUGUGUUCGUCCGGGCUCUGUGUGGAGUCUGCCCUGCUUCACGGGGCAUGAAAGUGCGGAGGAGCUGUGGAAGAAAGUGAAAGAGGAGGCUGACGCUGCGUUUAUGGCUGCGGGCGAUGGGUGCCAGCUGCCGGCCACAGUAGCGGCCAGUCGCAGCGUGGAGAAGGCGCUGGAGGAGGCUGCAGCCAGUGGAGCUCUCAACUUAAGCAAUCGCAAACUAAAGGAGUUCCCCCGGAGCGCCAGGAACUACGACCUGUCCGACAUCACACAUGCAGAUUUGUCCAAGAACCGUAUGUGCGAGCUCCCAGACGAGCUGUGUCACUUCAUCUCUCUGGAAACUUUGAGCCUGUACCACAAUGGCAUGCGCCUACUGUCCCCCAGCCUGGCCAACCUGCAGGCCCUCACCUACCUCAACCUCAGUCGAAACCUCCUGUCAAGCCUCCCCCUGUCGGUGUUCCAGCUCCCCCUCCUGAGAGUUCUCAUCGUCAGCAACAACAAGCUCUCCACGCUGCCUGCUUCUAUAUAUGCACUUGCACACCUCCGCCAGCUGGAUGUCAGCUGCAACGAGCUCCAGUGUUUGCCUCCAGAAAUCGGACAGUUAGAAUGUCUACGGGACCUGAACCUGCGGAGGAACCAGCUCACCGCGCUGCCUGAAGAAAUCUCUGAGCUCCCUCUGGUGCGGCUGGACGUGUCAUGUAACCGGAUCACCCACGUGCCCGUCUGCUACCGCCACCUCCGCCACCUCCAGAGCAUCGUCCUGGACAACAACCCCCUCAUCCUGCCCCCCGCCCACAUCUGCUCCAAGGGCAAAUACCAUGUCUUCAAGUACCUCAACAUGGAGGCCUGCAAGAGGAGCACGGACGAGCUGGAGAGGCACCUGCGGCCCACCACCUUCGGCAGCUGUCUGUCGGAGCAGGAGCUGUUCACGGGGCAGUUUGGAGGCCUGGACUCUGGCUUCAACAGUGUGGACAGUGGCAGUAAACGCUGGUCUGGUAACGAGUCCGCAGACGACUUCUCCGAGCGCUCCCUCCGGUUGGCCGAGGUCAGCAGAGACAAACGCAACCUGGAGGAGGAAGAGGAGGAGGAGGAGGAGGAGGAGGUAGCCCAUAUACAGUCCACCAAAGUGAACGGAGACGUGGAGCAGGUUGACUUCAUCGACAGUAGCGUGCCUGAGGAGGAGGAGCUGAGGAUAGAUGCCCCCACGCCCCCCCUCACCACCCCUCUGCUGGUGCUGAAGGAGAGACGUGGAACCCCCCACAGCCUUGAGGCCUCCCCCACAUGCAGGUCCGGUCUGGUGGUGGACCCCUGCAGCCCCUCUUCCACCUCCUCGUCUCCGAUCCAGUCUCCCUCCAGUCCCACCCUGGAGGAGCGCAGGCGUCCCGGGACUCUGCUGAUCUGGCAGGAGCGCGAACGGCAGCAGCAGCAGCAGAGAGAGAAGGCCAGCCUGCUCCGGUCCUCGAGCAAGACAGGAAGUCAUGUGACCCCCACACCGCACACAGGAAGUCUGUCAGGCGGCUGUUCACCAGACAGCAACAGUUCUCACACCAGUCUGCGCCAAAGAUGUGCCAGCACAGAGCAGAGUGUGUCCCCGUCCCUGCAGCGCUCCAGCAGCAGGACAGACGUCCCCUCCUCUCCAAAGACCUCCUCUCCGCCUUCUCACACGCCCAAACCCAACAGCUUUCUCUUCCGCACCUCCUCCCGCUCCACGGUCAAGCCCGGAGGAGUGCCGCUCAGUGAGUUUGGACGCAGCGAGUCUCGGACCACCCUGAGAUCCCCCAAAGAGGACAGACCUGAUGUCACACAGAUACGCAAGGCUCUGGAGUCUCGUCUGAAGAUCAGUCUGCCCGAGGAUCUGGGAGAGGCUCUGUCUAACGGCACCGUCCUCUGUCAGCUCGUCAACCACAUCAGGCCCAGAUUGGUCUCCAUCAUCCACGUCCCUUCCCCCGCAGUGCCAAAGCUCAGCGCGGCCAAGUGUCGCCUGAACGUGGAGAACUUCAUCGCCGCCUGUCGCAAACUGGGCGUUCCGGAGAUGGACAUGUGUGCGUCCUCUGAUGUGCUUCUGUGUAAACUACCUGCUGUGCUACGCUGUGUGGGAGCCCUCCUGUCCCGUGUCGACGCGGGGGGCCCAGAGGAAGAGGAGGAGGCGGCCCCUGUUCCCCGGCCCCCCUCCCAGUCGUCACUGUUGUCCACAGACUUCCUGCUCUUCUACAGCGCUGCCAUGGCUCUGCUCUACGCGCUCUACUGCUACCUGCUCACAUAG